AGAUGAUAGUGAAUUAGCACUUUUUAGUGUUUAGGUUUUUUCAAAAACUCGAAACAGUCGAAACUGUUCUAAGGAUUUUCCUAUUUACGAUUUUUCAGGAGCAUWAUUUAAUCAACUACUUCUUUCAAAAUGAGUAUUUUGGAUUAUAAUGGUGGUGCCUUGAUUGGAAUGAAAGGCAAGGAUUGUGUUGCCAUUGCCACUGAUAAGCGAUUUGGUAUUCAAGCUCAAACAGUGUCUCUUGAUUUUUCAAAAGUCUUUCAAAUAAAUCCUCAUACAUAUAUGGGAUUUCCUGGUUUAGCUACAGAUAUAUUUACUGUGUACGAGAAAAUUAUGUUCAGAAAAAGGUUAUACGAGUUAAAAGAGAAUCGGAAAAUAUCUCCUAAGGCAUUAGCAUCUUUGGUAUCCAAUUUGUUGUAUGAAAACAGAUUUUCACCAUUCUUCGUCGAACCAAUGAUUGUUGCUUUGGAUGAAGAGACAUUGGAACCAUAUAUGUGUGACAUGGAUUUAAUUGGUUGUGUUAAUAAGUCCGAUAACUUUGUGGUGGGAGGAACUAGUUCAAGUCAAUUAUAUGGUCUUUGUGAAGCUCUUUGGGAGCCCGAUAUGGAAGAAGAUCAACUAUUUGAAACUAUAUCACAAGCUUUAGUUAGUGCUUGCAAUCGUGAUGCUAUCUCUGGUUGGGGUGCAAAGGUUUAUAUUAUUAAAAAAGACAAGAUAAUUGUACGUGAUAUCAAGACGCGAAUGRAUUAAAAUGUUUGAACACACAGCAAUUUAAUUUGUGAAUAUCUUUUUUCGUAAUUAAUUCAAAGAUUGUUAUCCUUGCGUAAAAUUAUAAAUGGGAUAAAAAAUAAAUUUAAUAUUUUGAUUAUA